AUGAAGAGGGCGGCCCUGACAAAAGAGGGGCCGUCCCACCCCACACUGGACACAGAGAACCCGCAGACCGAAGAAACGACGGAGGAAGAGGACCUAGCCCAAAAGAUGAGAACCGCUACUACGGCAGACAUAGGAGCGGAACUGAUCCGUCGGGCCGCAGAGAUGACCAAGAUUAUCGAGACAUCUCGCAACCUCAAGAGUACGCAGGAGGAAACGUUGAAGGAAGUGGCGAGGACUAUCACCGCGGGCACAACAGAGCUGGUGAGGAGAAUAGACCCCGCCAUCGUCGCCCUCGCUAUACGAACGAGGCGCUCAAAAAAGAACUGGCCAAGCCCCCCCCCCCCCCCCCCCGCAGAGAAGAGCAGCGACACGGCGCGUCUCGCCGCAAUCGAACAUGAGCUAGGGGAGAUAAGACCCUCGCUGCACCGGCUGGAGGAACGCCUCCAGAACAUGGAAAGGAAGGAAGAAAAGGAGGUCGCCCCGGACGAGAGCGCAAGGAGGGUUGAGAUCGGAGCCCCAAACGCUCCAUCGACCAAGGGAGGACAAGCGGCUGCCACGGAAUGGCAGACCGUCGGAAAGAAACGGAAGAAGAAGAAUAAGGGGGAAAGAAAGAAAGAAAAAGGGGGCAGAGAAGAAACAAUCGGCCAAACCAACCCCCGGGACAGAGGCGAAGAGCCCCAGGAAAUCCCCAGAGAACGCUCGAAGAGAGGGAGGCAAGAUGCCCCUCCCACAUACACCACGAUCGUCAGCGGUAACGAUCACCCUGACAGACAAAUCGGGAAGAUCCUACGAGGAGGUUCUGGCUGCGGCCAGGAACAGCGUCUCCCUGGCCGAGAUAGGCAUCAGCACGAUGAGGAUGCGAAAGAGAGUCACUCUGGAGGCGUCAUUUUGGAAGUCCCUGAGGAUCAGGAGCGGAAGAAGGCCGCAGCGCUCGUAGCAUGCCUGACGCGGGCUCUGGAUCCGAACAAGGUCCGUGUGGCGACACCCUUCCGAGCCGCCGAAGCAAGGGUGUCAAUGAUAGACGUAUCAGCCACCAAGGAGGAAAUCCGGAACACCCUGGCGAAGGAGAGCGGCUGCAAGCCGGAGGACGUCCGACUGGGAAAAAUCCGCCCCGCCCGAAACGGUCUUGGAUUUGUGUGGAUACGAGGCCCGGCCAGCGCAAUGAGGAAACUGGCCCAGGCUGGCAAGGUCGCCAUAGGGUGGUCAACGGCGAGGGCCGAAGCCAUCGCGCGAAGAUCUCUACAGUGCUGCAGGUGCCUGGAGAUCGGGCACGUAAGGAAGUUCUGCACCGCCAAGGAAGGCAAGGGGCACCUAUGUUUCAGAUGCGGCAAACCAGGGUACCAAGCGAAAGCAUGCACUGCCGCGAGCCCGAAAUGCCUACCCUGCGAGACGCUUGGAGCACCAUCCGGGCACAGGAUGGGUGGACCGGCCUGCCCCCCCCCCCUCCGAAGAAAGGAAUAA